GCGGCCGCGUCAGUAGCCCGGCUCGCGCGCGCGGGACGGUCGUGUGUUGCCAUGCCAGCCCCCCGCACCCCGCAGCCCCGCGAUCGAGUGUAGUGUCGCUAGUGACCCAGUGGUGGUGGCUUAUGUGGAGGAGCGGGAGCACACGAGCGCUCUGAACGCGUAAGUGUCGCGUAAACAAACCCGCAACUUCGCUAGAGAUGUUCCAAAGUUUGCGAAACUUCAUCUUUCAAACUUUAACUAUUACCCCCUGAACCCGUUUCAAACUCGCGCGAUAUCAAUUUUGCGCAGUGACAGAAACUUAGCUGACGGAUGUGGCCGAAUUGACUGCGUGAAUACGAAGGAUGUGAAGUGAUAAUGAGGUAGUUUCUCCGGCGUAUCUGCGAUCAGCGGAUCAAAGGCGCGAUACCAUCGCAGUUCGGCGCUAGAAGACGCAACAUGUGCGCGCGCGCGUGGCGUCUGCACGCGUUCACCGCCGCGCUCGUGUUCGCCGCGCAUCUCAUUAAAGUGUUGUCGUGCGGCGAGGCGGGCGGCGGCGUAGGCGCGGGAGCGGGCGCGGGCCGCGCGCGCCGCUACGUGGGGCUCUACACCGGCCCGUACUUCGACCCCGCCGCGCCUAACAACAUCACAGCGCAACUAGGAACACACGCCUACCUGCCCUGCAAGGUGCGGCAGUUGAGCAACAAAUCGGUGUCAUGGAUCCGGCGACGCGACGCGCACAUCCUCACCGUGGACCGCUUCACGUUCAUCGCGGACGAACGCUUCCAGGCGUUCCUGGUCGAGGCUACCGACACCUGGACGCUGCAGGUGAAAUACGUGCAGGCCCGCGACGCCGGCGUGUACGAGUGCCAGGUCGGCACCGAGCCCAAGAUGAGCCACUUCGUGCAGCUCAACGUCGUCGUGCCUAAAAUCGAGAUCGCGGGCGAAGCCGAGGUGUUCGUGCGCGCCGGCAGCACCGUGCGCGUGACGUGCGUCAUCACGCAGGCGCUGGAGGAGCCCGCCUACAUCUUCUGGUACCACAACGGCGCACGCGUGCUGGACUACGAUCGCAGCGCCCGAGACAUACGCAUGGAGCGACGCGCGCCCGACACCACCGUGGGCGACCUGGUGAUGUACAACACGCGGCGCGAGGACUCCGGCAACUACUCCUGCGCGCCCUCCAACUUGGACUCCGCCUCCGUCGUACUUCACGUGCUGAGCGGAGAGCAACCGGCGGCGAUGCAGCACGGCAACGCAGCGGCGCCUCGGGCGCCCGCUGCCUGCCUGCUGCUGCUGCUGCCCGGCGCGCUGGCGGCUCCGGCACACGUGCCUCCGCGCCGGCUGCUGCGGCUGCUGCUUGCUGUGGCGCUCGCGGUGUUGCUGCCGUGA